AUGGGGAUUCCACAGGUUCUGUUGUCGAUGACUGGGGCCAUUUUGGGAUUUCCUCUUUGCCUGGUGUUCUUAGCAGCUUGGGUGGCUUACAUUUAUUUCUUUAGGUCUGAAUUCCCUCCUGAGUUGGGCUACCCCGUGAAGAUGAGGCUCACCCAUAUCGGAAUCUUGGCCACCUACGGACUAGACUACAUAGCAUGGAAGAUCGGCCUCUGCAAUGAACAUACCAUUAUGAGGAAAUUAAUUGAUGGAAUCCCACCUUUAAAAGACAAGAAGCUUCAUAUUCAGAAUCUCCAGUUUGAAGGCGUGACUGUGAGGCUGUACCAGCUCAAAACACCCACCACAAAGCCCAGAAAAGGAAUCCUUUUUUAUCAUGGAGGAAUUGGCAUGUGGGGAAGCAUUGAUUCCCAUGAACGAAUGUGUCGCUAUCUUGCCAGGGAAAGUGACUCAGUGGUUGUCUCCGUUGGGUAUCGUUUGUCUCCUGAACACCCAUAUCCUGGGCAGUUCCAGGACUGCCUGGUUGCCACUAUCCACUUUAUGAAGAACGCCGAAGACUACGGAGCCGACCCUGAGUGUAUCAUCAUUAGCGGAGAUAGUCUAGGGGGCACAUUAGCGGCGGCUGUUUGUCAAGAAUUGGUCAAGAGAACGGAUCUCCCCAGAGUACGUGCUCAGAUCUUGCUCUAUCCUUUUCUACAAGCCAUCAACUUCAAUUUGCCUUCCCAUCAGCAAAACCAACUUGUACUCCCAUUUUUCCAAAGAAUAGUCGUAGAAGCAGGUCUGCAGUAUCUCAAGAAAAACCAGUCUUUAGCGAAAGAGUUAAGGAAAGGCUCCCACAUCCCUGAGGACAUGAAAAUGAAGUUGAGAAACUGGAUAAGUCCAGAGAUCAUCCCAAAGGAAUUCAAACUCAGAGGCUACAAGCCACCACCGGCAGCUGUCUUCUCACCAGAAAUUUACCAACAAGCCCAGGUGGCUUUUGAGACCACAUUUUCACCCCUUCUCGCUGAUGCCAAUGUUGUCCGGCAGCUUCCGGAGAUGUUCAUGUUAACGUGUGAAUACGAUAUCCUCAGAGACGAUGGACUACUGUAUAAAAAGAGGUUAGAGGAUGAGGGGGUUCCCGUGUCUUGGUGCCACCUUGCAGAUGGAUUCCAUGGAGCCCUCUACACCAUUGAUUUUCCUCUGAUUUCUGUUUCAUGUGCCAAAAGAGGGAUGGACCAUGUUGUGAAUUUUGUAAAAGGGUUGUAA